UCAAUAUUCAAACCAGCAUAAAAAAUAACCCCAAAAUAGCACAUCAAUUUGUUUCCAGAACAAUCUUCACUGUCGUAAACCCUAACCCUUCCACCGUGACAUUGUUUCCGAUUUCAGAUUGCCACCGCUCAACUUGCAAUGCCGCACAUUGCCACCGCUCUGAUGGGUUCCGAUAUUCCACAAGAUGGAUUGAAGAAACUGGAGUAUCUUUCACUCGUAUCCAAAGUAUGCACCGAGUUAGAAUCUCACACCGGCACCCGCGACAAAGUUCUCGCCGAAUUCAUCACCGAUUUAGGUCACUCUUCCAACUCCGUCGAAGAAUUCGACGCUAAAUUGAAAGAAAACGGUGCUGAAAUGCCCGAUUAUUUUGUCAGAACGCUUCUCACUAUAAUUCAUGCGAUUCUUCCUCCAAAACCUAAGAAGCAGAGAGAAAAUCUGAAAGAGAAUGCCAAUUCGAACACGAAGUUUAAGGCUUUGGCGAUUUCAGAUGAUAGGGGUCGUGCUGAGAAGCUGAGAGAAGAGAUUGAAAUUGAAGCUAGAGAGAAACAGAAGCCACCAAUGGAAGAUGAUGAUGGUUAUAGAGAUAGGGAUAGAAGAGAUAGACAUAGAGAUAGAUAUGAUAGAAGGGGGAAUGAUAGAGAUAGAGAUAGGCGUGAAAGAGAUGAUAAAAGGGGGAGUGAUAGAGAUCGUGGUGAUAGGCGCGAUAGAGAUGAUACAAGAGGCAAUGCUAGAGAUAGAGAUAGAUAUGAAAAAGAUGAUAAAAGAAGAGAUGAUAGAGAUAGGGAUCGAUAUGAAAGAGAUGAUAAAAGGGGGAAUGAUAGAGAUAGGGAUAGGGAUUGGUAUGAGAGACGAAGGAGAGAUGAGUAUGAGGAGGACGAAGGUGGGAGGGAGGAGAAUGGUGGUGAUGAGAAAGGGAGGGGAGGAAGAGAUACGAGGCGUGGUGGUGGUUCUGGUGAGCCGGAGUUGUAUUAGGUCUGGUUGAGAUAGAAAACCAUGGUACACAUGUAGUUGUUUACACUGUUGGUGCUGAUGAUGAAGCUUGGAGACCCAAACAGUUGAUUCCUUGGCACCUUAGAACUGAUGAGUGGAUACGUAGUGCCGGAGCAUACAUUUCUAUUUGGUGAUUCAACUGUAGUGUACUUUCUCAGAUUUACAAUGGAUCCAGAAUAUGAGGACGAGAUUCUUUCGUUUAACUUUGAAACAGAAGUCAUGUAUAUGCCACUCCCUCACGAAGAAUAUCAAUCUCAUUUACUUUUAUGCGCUUUAGGCAAUAGGUUGUGUUGUUCUUAUGUGGCGUUCAACUCAUUGUCUAUAUAUCAACUUGUGGAUAACAUUUGAGGACUAUUAUGUGUAACCGCGCUACCUAUAAUGCUGCCUCAUGUGUCACAUCGCCGUUUUCUACCGAUCCAUUUCCACAACAAUAUUUUGCUAGUGGCUUUUAGGCUCGUUUUCGAUAUCCCAUUAUUCGGAAAUAGAGACCAGCACUGUUUAAUUAUUGAUUUUGCUGCCAAUAGUCCAAUACAACAUCUCUCGUCAAUAGUCCUGGCGGUAUCAACCGGUUCCUUGCUAAACCAUUUGUGGAGAGUCUCGAAGUUUUGCCUUAUUGAGAUCAAGUUGCAGGUACUACCAGCCAAGAGGAAAUUGGCAUGGAGUGUCUAUUUCGGCCGAUGAUAGACAUCAGGUGGGGUUUAGCAUCGGAAGGGAACAAAAAUUAGUUUAUUCGGAUGGUUAAGAUGCAUCACCUGUUAAGGGGUUGUGACUUUUUGUAAGGUAUUGGGAUACAAAAAUCUCGGGCCCACCACAAUAUUAAAUAACAAUAUUGUAUUUGUUUGAAUUAUUGGUGAUUUUUGUAAAAAAUUAUGGGCCUUAUCUAUUGUACUUGAGCUUGCUGGUUAGACCCAAGAAUUUCGGAAUAGCCUGUACCAUUUUAUUUUGUUAAAAUGUUUUGAUGUUAAUUUAAAUUA